AUGUCUGAGUCCGAGUCCGAGUCUGGAGCCCGCGUCUAUGCGGAUUCCACCAACCAUUUCCCCACGCCUUUUGUCAACUGGGCCAAUGCCUCGGCCUACCCUGCCUGGAAGCCAGUAGACACCAAGAAGGAAACGUUACAGAUCUUCAAAUUUGGCUUCUACACCACCGUUGGAGCGUACGCCUGGUUGUACUUGUGGAAGAGAACAACCUUCAAGGUUGAAUUGCCACUCACUGCUGUUGGCUUUGCCACUGUAGCUACUGCCGCUAAAGGUAUCAUCACUAACUUGAGAGAGAAGAAUGAUGGCUGGAAUACAUUUUGGGCUGUAGGAACCGGUAACUUGGCUGUGUUAACUGUAGGAUUCAAGUCGAUGCCACCAAAGCACAAGGUGUUGACUGGAAUUGCCGGUGCCUCUAUCACCGCCCUCGUCGACCACGCCUACUGGGCUCAGUCUCCAUCUUCAGCUGGCCAGAAUGUCAAGUUUGAAGCAGCCAACACCGACAAGGACUUUGAAAAGCAGCAGUUCUGGGAUGUAUGGAAGAGAAGACCUUUGUCUCAGACCGUGGACGGCUUGGGUGCUGGCCGUGGUAUCUUCAAGCCAUAAACUCUGCAUAUCAUCACAAGUAACUUACCAACACUUUCCACACUUGUAGAUACUGGACGAGAUCUAGGUAUAACACCAUAUCUAGGUAUUUCUAGUAUUGUCUAGUUGUAGAUAUAGAUUUAGAUUCGGCCUAUGUCUACGUCCUAAAUAGUCCAGUCUAGUGUCUACUUCGUCGCCGUGCUUCGAUAGACAUGGCUGGUCGAUAGCCACCGCAUUACAUUCUGUACACCAAUAUAAAACAU